ACUAUCCAUCAAAUGAAUACUGAUCAUAAAAAUAAGACAAAAACUGUAAAAAAAUAUUCAGAAGAAGAACUACAUUACUACUCAGAAUUAUAUUCAUUACGAACAACUGAAACAUCUAUAUUAUUAGGAAAAUAUCCAACAGGAACACAAUUAAUAUUCACACCAAAA